UUUGUAUGUUUUGCACGGUUUUCUUCUUAACACAGCUAAUAUAAAUGUAGAAUUAUUUGUCAUGCUAAUAAAGUACAUUACAUUAAAACUGAUGAAAGGGCAGGGGAUAUUAAGUUGUGAAAGGGUGUUGUUUAGGGUGCAUACAUGUGGUCAGCUGUCAGCCGUCAUACUAGAGAUGAAGUUAUUAGUGGGAUGUGAGGAUGAGGGCGGAGGGUGAGUGGACACAUGCUUUUGUGGACGAGUGAAUGGACUGUGAUAGACUGUACAUGAGAUAAAGUGAUCAUUAGGCAGAGAGUUCUCUCUCAUCUAAUAGGUUUGGUUAAUGUUCACCCUACAGUAGGGUUCAAAAGUCAAUCAUUUGUGUGAAAGACACAAACCAAUAUAAACCGAGGAACAAGAACCAGGAGAUCUGUGCCAAGAAAGACAAGAGUUGGAAAACCAUGAUCACAAUCACAGAGUUUCAGAAAAUCGGUGUGGGUCUGUCAGGAUUUGGCGUGUUCUUUGUGCUGUUUGGAAUACUAUUGUACUUUGACUCGGUCCUGUUGGCAUUUGGAAACAUUCUGUUUCUGUCUGGUCUGGCCUUCAUCAUUGGCUUGAGGAGGACGGCCCACUUCUUUUUCCAGAGACAGAAGCUCAGAAGCUCCGCCUUCUUUCUAGGAGGCGUGGCUUUAGUUCUACUAAGAUGGCCUCGUAUUGGCAUGCUAGUGGAGACCUAUGGCUUUGUGCUUCUAUUUAAGUCAUUCUUUCCAAUGGCUUCUGGAUUUCUUGCAGCAGCCUUGAACAUUCCUUUUUUAACUACGAUUUUAAACAAGUUAUCUGGAAAUAGUUCCUCAAUGGUGUAAGAGCAGCUGCUGGACAUCUGGAGGUGCUUCUGCAGUGAACUGUUAAAAUUGUAUUUUUAUUUUAUUAUUAUUAUUUUAUUAUUACCUUUAUAAUAUGUUGAAUAAACUCACCAUAAAAUGCCCA